UCAUGUACACACUUACAUGUUUGCUUUAGAUCAGUAUGAAAAUAUCAGCAGUGUGCCUCACAAAAGGGAGAGGAAGAGUAAAGAGUCUCCAUCGUUAGAUGUACCGUAUGUGCAAUUUGUUCUCUACAGGAUGAACAUGAUGACUUCAAAGAAGAUUGCUACUGCUGUUUUCUUUUUUGCAGGGAUCUCUCAAAUUACAGCGGUGAUCACAUUUGACAAAAUGUCUCCCGUUCGCAUACUUGAAAACAGUCCAGAAAAUACAGAAAUUGCUAUAGCUUCUGGAAGUGGUAGAGCAUACCGUAUUCGUAACACUCCUGUACCUUUUCAGAUUGAUGCAAUUUCCGGAGUAAUUACUACUACUAGGAGUUUUGAUUUUGAAGAUGCAACACCUAACAGAUAUGAAUUAACAGUUUCAACUUCAGGCGGCCUUCUCGUUACUGAGGAUAGUGCUCCUUUAAUUGUGAUUAUUGAAGAUGUCAAUGAGCCCCCAGUGUGUGCAUCUCAAUUUAUGCAAAAACAAGAUAAGAAGUCUAUUGAUGAGAAUUUCCCAAUGUUCAAUCCAAUUUAUCAAGUACCUGCAAAAGAUUCUGACUCUGGUGACAAAUUAAAGUAUUCAGUUCAGUCACAAUCAUCUGGCCCAACACCAAAUGGAUGGUUUUUUGAUGUGGAUGGAGGCAUAGGAUUUGUUUUCAGAAAUUCAUCUACACCAUUGGAUUUUGAUGCAGGAUAUCAGGAAUUCAGGCUCAUAUUAAGAGCAACAGAUAAGGGAGAUCUUUUCUGUGAAGGAGGGCUAAUAAUCCAUAUUAAUGACCUCAAUGAUGAGGAGCCAAUAUUUGAAAAAAUUGAAAAUGACACUAUUUAUGUACAUGAAAAUACCCUGGUUGGAUCCAUCAUAGAAGUAUUUAGGGCAACAGAUCGAGACGCCAAUGAUCAUAUUACCUACUCUUUUCCAAGGACAUCACUCAUGUUUAAUAUAUCUUCGGGUACUGGCGCAUUAACUCUCAAUAAACCACUGGAUUAUGAUGACCCUGAUGUUCAUAAAGCCUUUACUAUCAUUAUCCUUGCCACUGACGGUGUCCACAUAACCCCCUAUCCUGUCACUGUUGUUGUAUUAGAUGAGGACGAGCCUCCAGUAUGUGAUCCUGCAAUUUCUACUGGAACAGGCAUCACAUUAAUGGUUCCAGAAACAUUUCCUAUAUUGACAACACUUUAUACUGUUCUUGCUAAGGAUCCAGAUGAAAACGAUAGUGUAAAGUUUGAAAUUUCCAGUUCUUCUCUUAAAUCUGACAUAUUUUUCGUUUUGAAUGAAGAUACUGGCAUUAUUUCUACCACUGACCAACCGUUGGACUAUGAAUCAGACACUAAGAAAUUUGUGAUCUCGAUCAUGGUGAGAAAUGUGAAGAGUAACCCAAUGUCCUGCACAGGAUUAAUCACAAUCAGUUUACAAAAUGAAAAUGAUGAGCUUCCUGUUUAUAAAGAUUUACCAAGUAAUCCUAUUGAAAUCCCUGAAAAUCUUCCCAGUGGAACAGUUAUUCUGAAAGUACAGGCAACUGACCGAGAUGUUGGGGACAGUGUACACUAUGAAUUCGCAACAGCUUACCCUGGAUAUUUCAUAGAUGAAGAUUCUGGUGAAAUAAAAAUUGCUUAUCCCUUGGACUAUGAAGACCCUACUGUUGUUUAUGAACAACUAUUAAUUGUUAAUGCAUUUGAUAAUGACAGAGUCCAUAUUUCAGUAGCAGAAAUAACAGUGAGACUAACCGAUGUCAAUGAUAACUAUCCACAAUGUGAUGGCUAUCCAAACAUGAUUGAAGUUGCUGAAACAACACCCAUUAACACCCAAUUGCUACAAAUCAACUGCAUGGAUAAAGACAAAGACAAAACAAAUAAUGUUUUGCAGUAUAAAAUGAAACCUCUUGAUGAUUUUUCAGCAAAUAAAUUUAACCUCACCAACAAUAUAAUUACUACUGGACCUAAAGGUUUAGAUUAUGAUAAUGUGGAAUUUGCUGGGAUGCAGUUCAAGCAUACACUGCUCAUUGAAGUCUCUGACUCAGGGACACCUUCUCUAACAAGUACAGUCACUGUUAUCGUAAGAGUGACACGUGUGAAUGAAUUCAGACCAGAUCCAGUGCCAAAUAUGUUUCGUGUAGCUGAAAACUGUCCUUUGGAUACGUUGGUUGGAAAAGUCACCUUUACAGACGCUGACUGGCCAUUCAAUAACAUCAAGUUCACAUUUGCGGGUGGUGAUUACGGCAAUCCACCAAAAUUCUACAUAGAGCCAAACACAGGUAUUAUUAAGGUGCGAGGUUCACUGGAUUUUGAAGAGAAAAAUAUGUAUACAAUAAUGGUACAAGCAAUGGACCUGAACAAUGACUUGGAGCCAGAUCCAAAGAACCAGUUAAGAAAUUUUACAGAUGUUAUAAUCCUAAUUCUUAAUGUGAAUGACGAGCCUCCUGUCUGCUCUCCUGACGUCUAUGAGGAGAUUAUUUAUUCCACAAGAAAGCUGUCUGUAGUACAACUGCUGUGCUCAGACAAAGACUCACCUGACUCUCAACUUAACUAUGCUAUUGUGUCAGAAAAUAAAGCUAACCGUUUUUGGCUUAAGAGGAACCCUUUAGAUAACAGUCCUCCGUCCAUAGAAUCAAGAGAAAACUUCCAGUAUAACGUCUUUGAGGGUAUUCAGGACCCGACGGUGUUUCAACUGCUGAUUGAAGUUACUGAUGAACUGGGUGGAAACAAAGCUCUCCAGUUGUCUACCACAGCUACAGUAAUAAUACAUGUGGUCCCAUGGACUACUACAAUACCAACAACAACCACAAAAGCUACAACAACAAAAUUUACAACAGCCGUGCUUAUUCGAUCUUCAUAUGUUUGGCGUCCUGAUGGUUGGUUUCCUGCUAUUAUAACAAUCACAGCCGCUCUCUUUCUCUUGUGCUUGUACGCAUUGGCAUGGGGUCUCCUGAAAGAUGUCCCAAAAUAUGCAAAAUGUUUUCCUUUGUGUAGAGGAAACCAAAACCCUAAACCAUCCAGUUUUUCUGACAAUAUUGUAAACAAUGCAAGGACCAGUAAACAGGAUUCAACUAACAACAAUAACUACUCUAAUGAAAAUCCUAACUUUCUACCAGGAAACCCCACUGCUUCAAAUUUUUUUGAUGGACGUGCGGUUGACCCAGUUUCAGGGAAACAUUUCCUGUUCAACAGCAACACAGGAGAAACAAAGUGGAUCUCAUGAAAAGACACCAGACCCAUGUUUCCAUGCAUUUUAAGGCAGUGAUGUUUUUUUCUACUGGAGCGGUUUAUAUUGUCCUAGUCUUAUUGCUUUUGUAAUUUAUAUACAUGCAAUGCUUACUGAUGCUAUCAACAUUUCCAUGGUUUUUACAAUCCAAAUAAAUAGAAAAAGUUA